UUUACUGAUCGCUUGACGUCACUGAUUAGGCCGCCAAGAUGGUUGUCAAUGUUGAUAAGUGGUUUGGUUACUAGUGUCGAGGGCUCGAAAACCUUGAACGAGAGUGCAGUUCCCUCCCUGUGUAAUUCCCCGAAGAAAAACUCCCCAUUCCCGAUAAUCGCAGUGCAACCCCAAAGGGCGAGGGUGAAAAACCAGUGCCAUGGCAGAAAGAAACACUCAAAAAAGUGUCCUAAAAUUACAUAAAUGACGAUGAGAGAGUGACAGAAGUCGACAAUCCAGUGAAAAAACCUCUCCAAUAUCCUGACGAUUAACCCCAUCCCCGUCGUGGAAAAUCCCGUCGAAAUGGCCGAGACAGAGGAGCCAGAGCAAGAUUCACGUCGUGCCCUUUACGUGGUGCAAUCGAUGAUUGACAUAUCAGCAGAUCGUCUCGAGGGUUUGAGAACAAAAUGUUCAACAAGUGCAGAAUUAACUCAACAGGAAAUACGAACGCUCGAGGGUAAACUGAUAAAAUUGUAUUCAGAGCAGCUGGUGGAGAAGUCCAAAUUGCCAGUUGAUUCACUUCCCCCGGAGAUGAGACAGUAUCCAUCGCUGCACCAGUGGUUGAGAGUGGUGGGCCUGACACCAGAGUCCAUCAGGAAUGUGUGCACCAAGGCCCAGACCCUGGAGGCGUUGAAAGAAAAAUCGGAGCACGAGUUGGGUACGAUGUUGGGUGAAAAUACAACGAGACACGAGGAGGAGCUGAGGAGACUCUGCCGUGCCCUUCACAAUCUCCGUCGUUACAUCGACGUUUUACUUCAGAGGGGCGACGAGACAGGGGAGAUGAUGAAUCUGUACUGGGACUCCUGGGACAGGCAUCACCUGAGAGGUGGCACAUCCCCGAGGCCAGUGAGAUCCAGAAACACCAGGCGAUCAAUUCCCUCCGACGACAGUAUUUCGUACAAUAAUAAUAAUUUCAGUGAUACCCUGGAGCAAGCAUCCUCGAUAAUUAGUCUGACAAGUCCACCGUCGACUCCAGUUCUUCUCAGACAGGCAGCAGCUGGUGUUAAAUUUCCAACAACUCCACCACCGAGUAAACGCCACCAGACUAACCUCCCUGUGCAGCCAGAGGUAUUUCCCCUCACGAAAUCCAAGUCUCAUGAGUCUCAAUUGGGGAAUAGAGUGGAAAAUGGUGAGGUGAUACCAGGAAUUAAUUCAGGGAUUAAUCCAGGGGCUAGGGGUAGACUCCCAACGGAAUCAGGUACAUUGAGCAAUGCUGAGACAAUAUCCGAUGCUCUUUUACCCACCAGCAGUCCCAUCAAGUCACCACCGUAUUCCAGCGCUGAGAGUGAUGACAACAGCUCAAAGGGAACUGGUGUCAAUCUUCACGUACCCAAGUCCCCAAGGACGCCCACUGUCACUCGAGGUAUGGGACACAUAAUAGCCCAUCGUUUUACCAAGACCUUCAAGAUGAUGACUACCUGCGAUUACUGUGACAAGCAGAUGUUCAUUGGUACUGGGUUGAAAUGCAAGGAGUGCAAGUACAAGUGUCACAGGGAUUGCGAGUCCAAGGUGCCACCCUCGUGUGGUCUACCACAGGAAUUAUUCAAUGAAUUCAAGAGAACACUUCAGGCUGAUGGAAUGGUGAAUGUUUCACCAGUACUUAAUAAGACGAGCAUAAUAUCACCGAAUCAUCACAGCCCCAAUCUACCAAGUUCACUCGAUCGAAAAUACAGGAAAAGAUCUCAUCCUCACUCCUCCAUAAAUAUUCCAUUCCAGGGUGCUGACUCCAGCUCCAACACCUCCAGCUGCAACUCAUCAACGCCAUCGAGUCCAGCACUUCUACCUGGUCCCAAUCAGGGACACCAGGUGAUCUCAUCAGGGACUAAACAGCAGUUUCAUUUUCCCGAUGUGACGAUCAAUGACAAGAGCAUUCUCUCCAUGGAUCACUCCAUCAGACUUGACACUAAUAUAUCAACUGACAGUGACAGAACAAUAUCUGUGUCUGGAUCUGCCAGCACUGACUCUGAGAGGACACCAGUCAGGGUGGACUCGCAGGACUCACAGGUAUCUGAUGGUGAACCUGGUGACUCACGGUGGCCAAGGCAGAACAGUUUGUCCAUGAGGGAGUGGGAAAUCCCUUAUGAUGAACUCAAAAUUGGUGAUCCCAUUGGCACUGGGAGAUUUGGUACUGUGUACAGGGGCAAUUGGCAUGGAGAUGUCGCCAUUAAAGUACUCAAUAUGGAUUAUUACUCCGAUGAUGACAAGACACUCGAGGCUUUCAAACUCGAGGUCGCUACUUUCAGGAAAACUAGACAUGAGAAUCUUGUAUUGUUCAUGGGGGCAUGCAUGAAGCAACCCCAUCUUGCUAUUGUCACCAGCUUGUGCAAGGGCAUGACUCUUUAUACUCAUAUUCAUCUCAGGAAGGAUAAAUUCAAUAUGAAUAAAACAACUAUUAUCGCACAGCAGAUAUCGCAGGGGAUGGGAUACCUUCAUGCACGAGGAAUUAUUCACAAGGACCUGAAGAGCAAAAAUAUUUUUCUGGAGAAUGGAAAAGUUGUUAUCACUGACUUUGGACUUUUCAGCGUAACUAAACUCUGCUAUGGAAAUAGGAAGAGCAAUGGGUUGAGUAUUCCACCUGGGUGGUUGUGCUAUCUGGCUCCAGAGAUUGUUGCACGUUUGAGACCCCAGCAGACGCGGGACCAGGAGGAACUGCCCUUCACUGAGGCUUCCGAUGUCUACGCAUUUGGAACUGUGUGGUACGAGCUGCUGUGUGGUGAGUGGCCUUUCAAGGGACAACCACCUGAGGCCAUUAUCUGGCAAGUUGGAAAGGGCAUGAAGCAAACUCUUGCUAAUCUUCAAGCGUCACGUGAAGUUAAAGAUAUUCUCAUGCUCUGCUGGUCCUAUCACAUGUCUAGUCGACCAGAUUUCUCAAAACUCCUCAUGACACUUGAAAAAUUACCCCGAAAAAGACUCGCACGCAGUCCAUCACAUCCAAUUCACCUGUCACGUUCAGCAGAAUCUGUCUUCUAAAUCUCGAAUUGAAGUUUCCAUUGACAUUGAACUACUCAUUAAUGUGAAAUUGUAGAUAUUCGUAGUAAGUUGUCAAAAUUUUCACUGUCUAAAGUAUUAAUAUCUGUUCUCCAAUAGGUAAAAGUUAUUGUUGUAAAUCGACAGAGCUAUUUCAAAUUCUCACAUAAAAUUUCUAGACAAUUUUCGGUCUCUCUCACACAGGUUAUCUCACGAUUUAAUUUCUUGCGAUGAAAAAAGAAGAAACGAAAAAAAAAACAGCAACUGAUAAAAAGUAUUCACCCAGAGUAUUAAAAUAACUGACAUUUUUCUAAACCUAAUAUUAAUAAUUCAAAGUCUCGAUUUUGAAUUGAAAAAUACUAGUCAAUUUUUUAAUGUAAAUAUAUAUAUACGAAUGAACAUCUGUUUGUUGAAAUGUGAAAUGGAGAGGAUAAACUUUCCCUAAAUAUUGUAAAGAAAGAUCUCAUUGAACUUAAUAAAUAAGUAAACGAUAUACUGUAAGUAUAAAAAUGAUUGUAAAUUCGGGGGAGAGAGUAUUUCAUUAAUCAAGUGAAAAUAUUAAAUGGUGGUUGAAGAUGAGAUUGAAAAAGCCAGAGAUAAAUCAAAUAAAAAAUAAAUCAUAUACAAUUGUUCUUUAUCGAUGUACCACUCUCGAACCAUUAUUCGGAUUUUCUUGUAUCGAUGUUAAUUAAAGACAGGACAAACUCGGUUCGAUGGAAAUGGAUGAAUAAACAGUUACGAUGAAAUCAUUAUGAAAAGA